GUUAUUCCAAAGGACUAUAAAACUAUGACUGCUCUGGCAAAGGCCAUCUCCAAGAACGUUCUCUUUGCUCAUCUUGAUGACAAUGAACGAAGUGACAUAUUCGAUGCCAUGUUCCCUGUCACACACAUCGCAGGAGAAACAGUCAUACAACAGGGUGAUGAAGGAGACAACUUCUAUGUGAUUGACCAAGGCGAGGUGGAUGUUUAUGUAAACGGGGAGUGGGUCACCAGCAUCGGAGAAGGAGGCAGCUUCGGGGAACUGGCAUUGAUCUAUGGAACACCCCGGGCCGCCACCGUCAAGGCCAAGACAGAUCUCAAGCUCUGGGGCAUCGACAGAGACAGCUACAGACGCAUUUUAAUGGGCAGCACGCUGAGAAAGCGGAAGAUGUAUGAAGAAUUCCUGAGCAAGGUCUCCAUUUUGGAGUCCCUGGACAAAUGGGAGCGGCUGACAGUGGCUGAUGCACUGGAACCUGUCCAGUUUGAAGAUGGAGAAAAAAUUGUUGUGCAGGGAGAGCCCGGUGAUGACUUCUUCAUUAUUACAGAGGGCACAGCUUCUGUUCUGCAGCGCAGGUCUGACAAUGAGGAGUACGUCGAAGUUGGAAGACUUGGUCCAUCAGAUUAUUUUGGUGAGAUAGCGUUACUGCUCAAUCGGCCCCGGGCUGCUACGGUGGUGGCACGCGGACCCCUGAAGUGCGUAAAGCUGGAUCGGCCCCGCUUUGAACGAGUGCUCGGUCCUUGUUCCGAAAUCCUCAAGAGAAACAUUCAGAGAUACAACAGUUUUAUUUCGCUCACCGUCUAAAUGAUUCCUUCUGGAAAGCUGCCUUUGUGUGACGUUGUGCACUUAAAUUUGCUCUGUGCAGCUCCGUAGCUUUAUGAAGAAAAAAAAAAAAGGUGUGCAUUUUAUGUGUAUUUUUUCUGUUUAUGUCACGUACUGGAUGUCAGUUCAAAUCUCAUGUAUCAUGUAAGUAGGAAGACAACUGUUUGGAUAAGACUAGCUUUGGGGAAGAAGCUUUUGGCUUGCAUAAAAGAUUUUUACCUAUUGUUGGAUCAUAUAGCUUAAAACUGUGUUUUUAACUAUCUAAAAUACAUACAAAUUUCUAUUUCCCUCAUUAUCUUUAAAGUUGGUCUUAUUCACCUUUUGUCAAGCUUCUUUGAUAAGAGAUGUCCCUCUGCC